CUCACAACUGUAUUCAUGAAUCCCAUUAAUGCUCUCCCAACCACAUAAGCUAGCAGGUAGUUGUAAUUUUUCAAAGAUAUUUACCUCAAUCCACAUUGCCUCAUCUCCCCUUCUUUAUCUCUAUAUAAAUCUCUCCCUCUCUGUAUCAUUACCAUCACAUCAUCUCCAACAAAUAAAAAAUUUCAAUCAAAAAAAAGAAUCAUGGGGACUCAAGCUGUGGAAGAAGAGGUGAGCAAGAACAUGUUGAAGGCGAAGAUCAUCAGCACAAGCCAUGUGAAGCCCAAGAAAGCAGUGGGAAGAAGAGAGUGUCAGCUGGUGACUUUUGAUCUCCCUUACAUAGCCUUUUACUAUAACCAGAAGCUGAUGAUUUACAAAGGGGCGGUUGAUUUUGAUGAUCUUGUGGUGAAAAUGAAAGAUGGGCUUGCUUUGGUUCUCGAGGAGUUUCAUCAACUUGCGGGGAAGCUGGGGAAGGACGAGGAUGGUGUGUUUAAGGUGGAGUACGAUGAUGACAUGGAUGGUGUCGAGGUGGUGGUCGCGGCGGCGGAGGAGAUCAGUGUUGAUGAGCUGACCAAGGAGGAGGGAACUGCUAGGUUGAAGGAGCUGGUCCCUUACAAUGGUGUCUUGAACUUGGAAGGCCUCCAGAGGCCAUUGUUGGGCGUCCAGCUUACCAAGCUCAAGGAUGGGUUUGUGAUCGGGUGUGCUUUCAACCAUGCUAUCUUAGAUGGUACCGCCACGUGGCACUUCAUGAACUCCUGGGCCCAGAUAUGCAGAGGGGCCACCUCCAUUUCCGUCACUCCUUUCCUGGACCGUACCAAGGCACGUGAUACGCGCGUGAAGCUCGACCUCACACCCCCUGCAGCUGCCGCACCUCAAAACGGUGACGUGCCAAAGGCGGUCCCACCACCCCUCAGAGAGAAAGUGUUCAAGUUUUCUGAGUCAGCAAUUGACCAAAUCAAAGCAAAAGUCAACGAAAAACCAAGUGAGGACUCAAAGCCCUUCUCAACAUUUCAAGCCCUCUCUACACACGUGUGGAAUGCAGUCACACGUGCCAGGCAGCUCAAGCCAGAGGACUACACUGUUUUCACCAUCUUCGCAGACUGCCGCAAAAGGGUGGACCCACCAAUGCCUGAGAGUUACUUCGGAAACCUGAUUCAGGCCAUAUUCACUGUCACUGCAGCUGGAUUGUUGCUAGCCAAUCCACCCGAAUUCGGAGCAAAACUUGUGCAACAAGCCAUUGUCAUGCACGAUGCAAAAGCCAUCAACAAGCGUAAUGAUGAAUGGGAGAGCAACCCUAUAAUCUUCCAAUACAAAGAUGCUGGAGUGAACUGUGUGGCGGUGGGAUCCUCACCGCGAUUCAACGUGUAUGAAGUGGACUUUGGCUACGGAGCACCAGAGAGUGUGAGGAGUGGCUCUAACAACAGGUUUGAUGGCAUGGUGUACUUGUAUCAAGGAAAGAGUGGAGGCAGAAGCAUCGACAUUGAGAUAAGCUUGGAUGCCGCGGCAAUGGAGAACUUGGAGAAGGACAAGGAGUUUCUCAUGGAGGCUUAAGUGUUUCGUAUAAUUAUGUUCUUGUGGAGUACUGUUAUUAUGUUUGGUUUGCUGUUUAAUUUGUUAUGUGUUAGUUCCUGUGUUUGAACAUGGUGCACAUUCUAUGUUAAAUUGUGGGAUGAUUGUAUUAUUCAAUAACUUUUGGCGACCUAUUUAAGUGUUGAAUUUUGCUAAGAAGCUCUUUAUAUAAUCUUGUGAUUUGGAGUC